AUGAAGACCCUCCUUCUGCUGCUAGCCUCCGUGGCCGCCGCCUCCGCGUUCGCCCUCGGAGUCGCCGUUCCGGCCGGCGAGCCAUUCGAUCUGAACCUUUCCUCGGAAAAAGUGAAAGGAUUCACUCGUGUGUUCGCCAACGGACAGACGCAGACGUGGAACUUGGACGGACCCAACAAAGGAACUUGGGUUGACGCGGUGAGUUGAAGAGCGUAUUUGAGUUUUCUAGGCCACGGCGACCACUUUCAUGUAUUCAAGAGUUGGGAUUAGAGUCCCUUGGAAUCAGUCUCAUCGAAGGCCUAAAGCAUUUUAUCGACAGUCAUUGAAAGUUUUGUGUUUUUGGACGUUCGGGACAUUUCGCAACUACUCAAAUUGUCUAAAGUUUCGACUUUUAACAGCUUUCAAUAAACCGGUCGGACCCAAACUUUGCAGACUUCUAGUACUUGGAUUGAAGUAUAUUGGGUGUAAGUUUCAAACAGAUCGGAUCGGUUAGAGGCCGAAAAGGCCCUAAGGGCGCAAAUCACUAUAUCUCGGAAUCAGAUGAUCCGACCGGUCUGAAACUUGGACCCAAAAUACUUAAAUCCAAGUCCAAAAAUCCUGAAAGUCUCUGAAAUGCACAAAAACGUAAUAAUGUUUUCCAGAAGGGCAAGAAGAUUCCCUCGUCGAACUUUGUGUUCAAGGCGCCCGGAACGCUCAAGAUCAAGAAGGUGACGAAGGAGGAGGCGGCGACGUACGACUACAUCGAACUCGUGAAACCGCCGCCACCACCACCGGGCGUCCACGUGGAUCCCUUCCCGAGAGGAUUCGAUCUUUCCGUCCAGAAGUAG